AUGAAAGAAAACGAAAAAGCUGAGUUGCUGAAAGUUCUUCAAUUUUAUCUCUUCGAACGUUUCGCUCGACCAGACUCAUCCUUCCUAGCGAAGAAAACGGCUCAAGUUCUUGCUCUCAUGGCAUGUUGUGAUGGAUUGCACUUAUGCGCGUCUUUGCUCGAAGAAGUCAAAUCUUACUUGCUUUCUUGUCUCCAAAAUCGCGAUUUUGUGAAAAUUACGACCGGGUUAUAUUCCCUUCGAGUCAUAAUUGAACAGAUGCUGAGUCCAUGUGAAGCUAUUGGUUCAAUCAAAACAAAUGAAAUUCAACGAUGGUUUAUUACUGAGUCAGUUACAGUGUACAAUUUGCUUUCACGUGUGAUGUUGUUCCUGUUAGAUGCAGAAGUGAUGAAUCGCACACAAACACUGUUACGUGGUUCACCAUCCGCGGGAAAUCGUUCCAGUCUGUCUGAAGCUGGAUAUCCGGCAUUUCAACUCACCCAAGCCUUGAUUAAUGAUGUAUCGGAACAAUCUGUGAAUAAAUACAACGCUCUGUUAGCUUGGCUGGAGUGUCUGAUGGAGUCGUUCAAACGACUUCCCCCUGACUGUAACUUUCUUGAUGGCUUUUGUAAUGCGUUAUUUCUUCUUUCUCUAAUUGGAUCCCCCACGUUCAUAUCAGCUUGUUCAACUGGCAGUAAUUUAUCGGUGAACAACUAUUCUUCAAAUUCUUUACUUAGUUCAGUUUGUCUCACUUCUCUCGCAUGCAUUCAAGAGAUGGUUGAUCGCAAAGACCUAACGACGGAAGUGAUGCAGAGGAAUCUUUGGAAUUUAUUCCCCAUUUUACAAUAUCAUCUUAGUUUGAGCACGGGAGAAACGGCUAUGCCGUGGUCUGUAACAAACGGAGGCCAACAUCAAGUUAGGUCUUACAACAAGAAUUUGGCAGAAACUGUGGCAGCGGACACUGAGAGUCAGGUGAACACCACGGAGUAUCAGCUGAAACUACUCGACAUCCUCAAGAGUGUGAUGACGAACUUUUUCCAUCAACUUUUUAGUUCGACACCUUUAGCCACUACAGUGGGUGUCGACCCAUUUCGUUUUCUUGGCUUGCUUCAUGAUUUUACAUUUGCUACACUUGAUUUGGACACUUAUGUAUCAAGCUUAAGCGUUUGGAAUGCUUUCCUAGAAUUUCUAAAUGUACAAUACUGUUCAAGUUCAGACAAGCUAGGUUCGUCUUGCAUGGACUCACUUCCUUCCAAUCUUCAUGAAUCAUUGUUCACAUUAGGGAAAGCACUAUUUUCUCGCCUCUUGCAUUCAGAAUCUGCUAACUUUCUCGAAACGUUGGACCAAGAUGUUUCCGAGGAUGGUUCGGAAUAUACAACUUACUACUCUUCAGACACACCAGAAAACCACGAUGUGAUGGUACUUUUUCGCCAUGACAAUUCUUUAAACAAGGUGACCUCUGAGCCAUCGGAGUAUCGUAUGUUUUUGCGAGAGACAUUAACAACGCUGGCUGCAGUGCUUGGUUUCGUACCUGGACCCUUGAUCAAUGUUAUUCUUGGUCGAUAUUACGCUGCCUGGAAUGAUUACGUUAACUUCAUUCAGUCCUCUGAUGUACUUUCCUCCGGUGGGGUAGUUUUUCAACUACGAAGUCAACCGCUUCAUCGAGUUCAUUGGUCUUUGAGGGAUUUCGCUACAAUUACACAGACGGUGGGUUUCGUCAUGGACUCUAUCAGCACUUCCGUUUCAUCUUCUAUUCAUGACAUUCUACAGUCUUUACUCUAUUGUUUGAUCCUCAAUAAUCAGGUGGUAACACAUCUAAACUCUUUGAAACAACCUUUAAUUCGGUCGGAUAUAAUUACUGUCAUCGUGGAGAACCUCAUGACAUUACAGUCCAUUAUUCUCGGGAAUUAUUUACUAUUGACGAGUGACCAAUCAGCUAUGAUACCUGGAAAAAUCCCUCUCAGUGCAGAACAAAAAGAUUUGCUCAUGACUCAAAUAAUGCAAGCAUUAGCUGCGUUUUGUUUGCCAGUAAACAGUCUUCCAUCGACCGUUCCACCCCCGAUACAGGUUUGUAGCGCCAGGCUGUUUAAUGCGAUAUGCACAUCUACUCUUUUCAACGAAUCGUCAAUAAAUCCUUCUCCAAAGACAAACUCAUCCACAAUACGUGAUAUUUUCUUCCAAUUUAUGGAAAUCUUAUGUGACGAGAAACAGCGUGCUCUUCUCCCGUUCAACGUACUGCGUAUUCUUUUACGCAGUUGUGUGCAAUUUCUGGCUCCACUUCCUCUAGAGGAAGCAACCGUUACCGGUGAUCUGCUGGAGAGGUUGGUAUUGCGCUGUUACUCUCCUUACCUAAAACAAAACGUCUUACAUGAAGACCCAGUCGUGCAUAUGCUCAGUUUGGGUUUACUGAACGAUGCAGUCGAUGGGAUGGACUCCCUGUCCAGCUAUGCUCGACGUCAUAUGCAAACGAUCCUUGCCGGGUUAGGACUUCUCGAAGAGUUGGUGUUGUGCGCCACUCGUAUUUUGUCCACUGACGUGCACGCAUCGAUUAAUGUGAUUCGUGCAUGUACUGCAUAUCUGACUUUUUUCACCACCUAUAUCCGUGUAUUGUCACAAACUGGAGCGAUCGGUUCAACUAUCCCGGAGUUGCUAGGUCGCAUAAUUCGUGCCCUCUACUCAAACUCAACGGGUUCUCAGUGUGACUCGUUUAUCCCCGCUUGUUUGAUCGAUCGUCUGUUGAAUAUGUUCCUGUUGAUCGCAAAAAAUCGUCGGCUUUUUGUCUCAUUACUGGGCGACAUAUUGAACCUUUGUUUGUAUCGACUUCUUCCUGGUCUGGGAUUCCGUCGGGAUAUGGAUGCGGUGCCCACGGAUGAAAUCCUACCGGAGUUGGUCUUUUCAGCUGGAAUGCAUAACCCCGGUUCUCUCCAACUCUUGUGUGAAUUGUUGUUUGCAGCACUAUCAGAGGGUUUCGCUUUCUUCUUCGAAACCAAACCUCGCGCCAACACGUUUGGAAAUGUGAAUAAUGCGGCCAUGCAAAAUUCCAAUUGGUUUGCCAAUGCUUCACAGCGUUACGUGUUAAUCAAAGCAGAUGAGUUCAAUCGUAUAAUGCUUGUGUUGACUUCGGUGUUUCAUGAACGACAAGUUAGUUCCAGCUUGAUUUCAUUUACCCUGGAUGGCCUAUGUGCACUUCAUCGACUGCGCAAAUUAUUCGACUUGCAACCGUUCAAUUCGUACUGGCUACCCGAGCUGAUGCACAAACUUCUCAGUCUGCUUAUCAACAAACAGCACGACUCCUCCAAGGAUGCCAUCUUAAGUGGACUACAUUCACUGACUGUAUCUGGGAUGACCCAGUAUGAAGUGGCUGAUUGGAACAAAUCUUCCACUUUUCCCAAGUGCUCUGCAUUUUUUGUACAGUAUUUUUUACCUGCUUUCUUCAACACAUUACCUUAUUUUGACGGGACCCAGCAAUCCAUCGUCUUAGCACACUUUUAUCGAUCUUCUCAAACAGUUUCACCAAAUGCGCCAAAUCCGGUUGAAUUGAUCGAUCUUUCGAACCUUGAUACUUUCGGUCAGUUGAUUACCCAGUUGGUGAUCGAUUUACGAGCUUUCCGUGCGAACAGUGCUACUAAGACCAGUCUGCCAUCGCCUUCUGAUCCGGAGAAGACUACAUAA